UUAAGGAGUUCGAAUAUUUAAUUUAAAAUUUCAUUAAUUAAAGGACUCGUUUUAAAAAUAUUUAGUUAGUUUUAAUUUUUGAAAGUUAACAACUUAAAUCUAUUAAUAAUGUUAAUUUAUUGUUCGAGAUCAAGAUAUCGAGAUAAUUUCUCUGCAUGAGGAAAAAUUCCUUAAGUCGUGUGGUUAAUUGAAAAACGAAGAAAAGGAAUAUGUAGGACAUUAUUCAAGAGAGAAAUCAGAAACUGAUUACUCCCUAAUUCAAUCCUUAAAAAGAUGUUUUCAAUAGAUCUAAUAAGUAAAAAAAGAAAUUUACUUAUUUCCUAAGGAUUUGCUGGAAUUCAUUCUUUAUGCAGUUGGAUGUAAACAUAGAAAGAAAAUAUAUCUGGAUUAUCAUAGGAGGAUGUUUGUCAGCAGCGAUUGGGAUUAUCCUUUUAAUAGUUCUUAUCUUAUAUUUGAGGAAACGUACUUUUAAAACACAGUCUAAUGAAUCUGACACGGAAGCAGAUUUGAAAAAGAAAAGAUUAUCUUCGGCUUACAGUUCAUCAGGUGAUGAUGCUGAUCAAUCCUUGUCUUAUCAGAUUUUAGCUAGAUCAUUCUCUACAGAGGCAGCCAUACCUUAUAAAAUGAAUUCCGAAUGUGUGCAGCCUUGUCAUCCUACAUUAACUCGUUGGCAUUCGUUCAAUUCUACAACCUAUCCUCCAACAUUUUUAGGAACUGUUCAGCCGGAUUUGUACAGAGAAUCUGACGAUGAAGAUACAACUAUACCAACUGGAAUGAAUGGCAGACUUUGGUUUAGUCUCUAUUAUAGAUCUGAUGCUCAAGAGUUAGAUGUAAAUCUAGUUAAAGCCAAGCAUUUGUCUGGCAGGGGUUUGAAUAACACUUCACGCGACCCUUAUGUGAGAAUUUAUUUAUUACCCGACGAAGAAAAUUAUUUACAAUCGAAAGUACGAAAAAGAACUUUAAGUCCAAAAUUUAACGAAAAAUUUACCUUUAAGGUGGAAGAAAGUGAUUUAUGUAAUCGAACGUUACGUUUUUCAAUCUAUGACGUAGAUAAAAGGAAAGUACGACACACUUUGGGUCACGUGAUGAUUCCAUUGGAUAAAGUUGAUUUGAGUAGCAACAUGCUAAUUUGGAGGGAUUUAGAGAGUUCUGCUUUACAGACACCGACAAUCAGGGGAGAAAUACAGAUAACUUUAUCGUGUAAUCCAAUAAAUGGUAGAAUAAAAACAACCGUAUGUAGAGUGAGAAAUAUUCAAGGAAUCGAUAGUGGAGAAGCAGGCAAGAAAAAUAUUAAAAUUAAUAAAACACACUCAUACACAAGUUUGUUUUUAGCAGAAGCAAAUAUUUUCUUUGUUAUUGCAAAGUCAUGUAGAAAUUCCUUUUUGUGUAAAAUUACUGAAACGAGAAAAUUUAUCUGUGUUAUAGGCAGGGGUUUGAAUAACACUUCACGCGACCCUUAUGUGAGAAUUUAUUUAUUACCCGACGAAGAAAAUUAUUUACAAUCGAAAGUACGAAAAAGAACUUUAAGUCCAAAAUUUAACGAAAAAUUUACCUUUAAGGUGGAAGAAAGUGAUUUAUGUAAUCGAACGUUACGUUUUUCAAUCUAUGACGUAGAUAAAAGGAAAGUACGACACACUUUGGGUCACGUGAUGAUUCCAUUGGAUAAAGUUGAUUUGAGUAGCAACAUGCUAAUUUGGAGGGAUUUAGAGAGUUCUGCUUUACAGACACCGACAAUCAGGGGAGAAAUACAGAUAACUUUAUCGUGUAAUCCAAUAAAUGGUAGAAUAAAAACAACCGUAUGUAGAGUGAGAAAUAUUCAAGGAAUCGAUAGUGGAGAAGCAGGUAUUUACACUCGAGUUUUGUUAUAUCACGGAAGGAAACAAGUGAAAAGUAAACGAACGUCUCUUCAGCAUUUUAAUCCAGCAGCGGGUGAUGUCAUCUUCGACGAAUCUUUCGCUUUCGCAGUAUCGGGACGUUUUUUCGAUUCUUGCAGCUUCGAAUUCGUAGUAGUGGUUGCAGGACAGAGUCCAUUAGUGAAAGACGAGAUUCUCGGUCACGUGGUCAUAGGCCCAUUCAUGUACGCAAGAGGAGAACAGUUACUACAUUGGCAGGAAAUGCUAACCAAUCAAAGAAGUCCAGUCACUAAGUGGCACGGAUUGGAAGCUAUUCUGGAGCCGUAAUUUAUAAUUGAUCGGUUAUUUAAAUAGAUAAAUAUACAUAUAUAUAUAACACGUGAUUUGUUUUCUGAUUCUAAAAAAAAUGAAGUUAUAUAAAAAAAGAAAAAGUUGUUAGUUCGUUCGAAAAAAAAAAAAAUUUUUCUCAAUAAAUAAUUGUACAAAUUUCUUAGAGGAAAAGUAAUAUAUAAUAUUAGAUGUUUAAUAAUGUUUCUACUAUCCAAUAUUUAAUUGAGAGUUGAAAAGAUAGAUUAGUUGUUUCAUAAAAUAUUACUGUAAUAACAUGUUCAAUUAUCUUUCUAUGUGAUUUAUCGGUGCUUGAACUGUGAUAAAUUUAUGAUAUUUAAAUAUGUACUUCUAUACAUUCUACAACUGAAAUUUUUUUUAGACUAUUCAAAACCCUGUACUUUAUUUUAAAAAAUAUGUAGUUAUGAUUUUUAACUGUGAUCCUUUCUAUUUAUAUAUACAUAAAUAUAAUGUAAAUCUGGUAUAUUGUACUUCUAUUU